GAAAAAAAUACAACGAGGGACUCUUCCUCCCCGCCUGCCGUUUCCCCCGUCUGUCAGUGAAGUUUCCGAUCAGCCGCGGCGGUUCGUUUUCUCGUCUAUUCGUCUGUUGGCCGCAAUCUGGUCCUCCACAUUUUCAUUCUGGCAAACAGUUGUAUUUAAACAAGUAGGCAAUUUGUUGUGCCGCGUGUCGCGGGAGGAAGAAAAAGUCGAUUCGUGCGCACGAACAUUUGGGAGUGUGUGCGUUGGCUUAAGGCAACAAAUCAAGACAUUGCUAUUUUGGAAAUCUGAGCCCCCUUUCGUGAUCGGGAAAAAGUAACUGUAUUGUGCACAGCGACAGACGGAAAGGAAGUUGCUCUGCCCGCAGGACAGAAGGUCCAAGGCGACUGGCGACAGGAAGCCUGAAGCAAGAGGGAAAAAUUCAGUGACCAGUUCCUGAUUUCAGUCUGUCUGUCCACCAACUGCAAUCCUCCCCUCCAUACACACACACACACACUCACACACACACUCACACACACACACUCACACACGCGCACACGCACUCCUAUGUCUGCCUCCUUGCCGGAAUGGAAGCAGCAGCUGCUGGAGAGGAAGAGGAGAGAGGAAGAGGAGAAAGAGAGGAGGGAGCAUGAGGAGGAGGCGCGGCUGGCCAACAUGCCCGCCUGGAAGCGCGGGAUCAUCCAGCGGAGGAGAGCCAAGCAGGACGGAGGAGGAGGAGGAGAGCCCAAGCCCCCGUUCCGCUCCAAGAGCUCCGACUGCUUCGUCCCGCCCCCCAGGGGUGAGGGGCGUGGCCCAGGGGCGGGGCCCUGCAGGGGCGUCCCCAAACGCUCCGUCAGCUUCUCUGAGCGGCCAAUCGACCAAGAGCAGGGGGAAGGGGUGGGGCCAGAACCGCAGGGUCGCCAUAGUGACAGCCCAGUGGGCGGGGCCUGGCCCGAUGGUGAGGGGGAGGGGCCAGACAGGGGCUUCGGGGCAGAGCCUAAAAAAGGGGGGCACAGAGACCCCCCCACGGGGGGAGUGGAGGAGCGGGAGAGAGGGAGGGGGAGCCCCAGCUGUGUGCCCAAAAUGGAGCCCGAAAUCCAGGUACCCAGGGUGCACUUCUACGGCGAGGAGCCAACACAGGGAGCGGGCCCAGGGGCGGGACGACCUUUGACCUUUCGCGCCAAGUCCCUGCAGGAGAAGAUCGGCGAGAGCUACAGCGGGCGUCUGGAGCGCAGCAGCAGCAGACAGAGAGGCAGAGAGACGCUCUGCACCGCCGCCAUCGCCGGGAGUCCAGGGACCCGGAGGAGGACGGUGCGGCGCCUUCACGGCACAUCCGUGGCCAGUUGCCGUGGCGGCCAAAGGGCGGAGCCCGUGGGGCAGGGGGCGGAGCCAGAAUCGGAAGGGGUUGCCGUGGCGACCCUGCAGACGAGUCUGGAGCUGCUGCACCUGAGGGAGGCGGGGGCGGGGGGCAGGAAGUGGCCCCCCCAGCUCGGCCAAAAGGCCGGAGGGGAGACCCAGCCCCCGCCCCAGGCCCUGAGGGGGCCCCGGGCCCUGCCCGCCCCCUCCAGCCAGCCUCAGACCCCCAAGCCUCUCACCAUCAGCCCCAGGACCGGGCCCGCAGAGCAGGGGGCCCCCGCCGACCCCACGCCUGCAGCCACACCCCCCCUCUUCUCCCUCAGGAGCUCCGGCGGGGCUCAGGGGAAAAGGGGCAACACCAUCACCAUCUCCCCCCGCAGGUCUCCCGCAGGCCUGGGGGCAGUUAGGGCAGGCGCCCCUACCCGCACAGGCUGCAGCAUCACUGUCACCCCUCGGGCGACCGCCGCCCCCGCCCCCACCCCCACCCCCAACGGGACGGCCGCAGAACCAGGGGACGGAGGCAAGAAGAGGUACCCCACGGCCCAGGAGAUCCAGGUGAUCGGAGGGUACCAGAGUCUGGACCGGUCCUGCCUGGCAAAGCAGCGCCGCAAGCACAAGGAGGUGAAGGUGUGCUUUGACGACACGCGGUUGGAGCAGCUUUGCGAGUACCCUUCAGAGAGCGCGUGGUUGGCCUGCUUCCCCUGCCCCACCCAGCCAAUCACGGAGAGAGAGGGCCAGGCCAGAGGGGUGGAGGACGAGGAGGAAGAGGAGGAGGAAGAGGGAGGAGCGUUCCCAUCCGGGAACGUCAGGAUGGCGCGGCCUGCAGCUGGCCGAAUGCUGAGAGUGGAUGAGUCAUGUCAUCGAUGAGAGAGGGCAAUCACCUUGAAAAGUUUUUUCAUGUAAAUCCCCUAUGUUUUGACUGUGUAUUGUUUUGCCUGUUGUGUGUAUUUGUGUGAGCAGCUAUCAGGCGCUUUCAGUGUUUUUAAUACAGAGCAGAGUCUGCUGAUUGGUUCAUACAUGUCAGAGACGGAAGCUGAAGGCGGGAGCUUGCUCACGAAAGCUCAUAUGGUAUAUAAGAACAUAUAGUAUCACUCCGAAAUUUAAAUAUGAACUGUCAGACAAUGGCUCGAGAGUCACUAUGGCAACUUUUUUUGGAAAUUAUGUUAUUGAUUUAUUAUCUGUUAAAUGUGGUCAUGCGUUUUCUUCUUUACGGCAAAAUUUGUAAAUGAACCAUGGUGAUUUUAUUAUUUUAAAUAGACAACAUUGUGUAGAGUUGUAAAUCAUGUUAUAUACUUUUACAUCAUCAUCAUCAUCAUCAUCAUUUUUUAUCAUUUUAAACUGCUGGUAGCGACAGCAAAGUGUUGUGUAGUUAUAUUCUUCACAACACCUUGAGUCUUGAGUCUUCCCUGUGCUCUGACAGUGUGCUUCUGUAAAUAUGAACAAUGAAAGACUGUUUUGACUGCACAUCGUUUUGAAUGAAAAUGGUGGAAAAAAUUAUUUUCUACUCAGCCAAGGCAUGUAUAGGCGCACACUUCUGUUUACAAAAAGAAGAUAAAUUUGCAAGGGCUAUUGAGGUCCGUAAUUUAUAUUUUGAUAUCCUUAAACGGGACGUUUUCUCAGCUUUAUUGUGUUUUGGUGCAUUUUAACUUAUUUCUAUGUCACAUUGAUUUUUAUUGUAUUUCAAUGUCGCAACUUUUUGGGGGGCAAAUGUUCACUCUAUGACAGGGGUUCCCAAACUGUGCGUGGGGACCCCAUGUUGGGUCGCCAGAUUUCAGGAUGGGGUCACCUGAAAAUCUUUCAAAACAUAUAAUGUCAUUUUUGUCUCUUAAAAAUAUGUGAAUGUAGGCCACUACAUGCUUACCAUUACCAUACCAACAGACCGACUAUAAUAAAGCAAUGAGGCAGGAGAGGUUGUGGAAUAUUUACAGUGUAGUCGUGGUGUUGUUAGGCACAAGAUGUGUGGGUGGGGUGUUGGGGUGGUGUAAGUUUGUGAACAUUCAUUUGGGGUCACAUCAGGAAAAUGUUUGGGAACCCUUGCUCAAUUAUUUGCACUUACAUAUAUCCAUUUUAAAUUUAUGUUUUAUAAUAUGAAGCUGGCUUCACAAUAUGAAUGUUAAUAAAUUAUUAUAGACAAAA